UGCGUAGCAAAGUCGUUGCCUCAAGGCUUCCACAUCAUGGCCUGUCUUGGGCGUACGUAUGUCUAUACAUGGAUGAGAUAUGAGGACACGUUUUAGUAUCAUCACGAUCAAGUUGGUUCAUCAGCCCUAUGAACACGCACUCGCACAACAUCCCUCAAUGGGAUCGUGGAGGGUCAAUUCAUGCAUCGCCGAACCAAGCAGUCGGUGAGAAUAGGGAUGAGAUGAGCAAAGUUAUGCUACCCAUCUUGUCUCGAGACCACAAAAUAAUCGCAACGAGGUCAAGGUGGCUACGAGAAAACCCUCACGCUAGGUACAUAUAUGUCUCUCAAAAGGCGCGCGUGAUCUCUGAAGCCCAAGUCGAUCUGCCGUCGCUAGGAAAUUCCAGGAACCAGAAACUUCAUGAUUAUCAAUCACGAGCCUCAGCUCGCCAGGGCUGCACUGCACUGUAUCCGCGAUACCGGAUGAUCGACGCUGUACAGUAUCCCGUGCUUGGAGCCCAGAACAACCUUAGCAGAAGCCAAUUCUAGGCAACCUCUGCAAUGUUACAUCUCCCUGUGAAAUUUAAUGCCCCGGAGGUGGUUACGAACCCGUCCUCAUUCGUCAUAAUUCGCUCUUGGCAGCCCAUAAAGAACAUGCCAAACAAAAGGUCCCUUGUUGAUCAAGCGGCGGUAGCUGAAACUCUAACACCGACAGUUGGGGGCCACCCUCUGACGAUUCAUUUGCUGAUCAAUUAGGCGAAUGCGAGAUAUUCGCCAAUCUGCACGGACGUUGACUAUCGUGAAUUUCUUCAUAGCAAGGACCAAGUAACGAGCAAUGAAUUGAUCCAAAAGUUAUGAGAGUGCUUCUCAGCAUUGCGAUUGCAUGAGACAAGAUUUCCAUCAACGUAUAAGUCACAACCAGAAGAACCCCCACCCAGUCAGGAAUACGAUAUCAAAUAACAAGUAUUAUUGCACAUACAGCCAGCCAUCUCCAUUUCUUAGU